UUUGUUUUGAUGCCGGAAGUCUUUGUGCGGAACAGGUGAACAGUGGAGGAGCCGCUCGUUCUUGGGUAGAGUUCGUGCUUCUCCGUGGAUUUAAACGUCCCCCCGAGCUGCUCGUGUUUCUCCGGAGCUUGAUGACAGAUUAAUUAUUUAUUUAUUUACUUGUUGUUGAGAGGAAAGUGUUGACAUGUGCUCGCAGACCAGGGCCGCGGCUCUGAUGGCGAACAUCCCGCGGGCGGACAUCGACCCGUCCGGCGUUUUCAAGUACGUCCUCAUCAGGGUCCACAGCCGAGAGGAGGGGGACGACUCCGAGGUGGACAUCGUACGAGGAUACGCAUGGGCCGAGUACCACGCUGAUAUCUACGACAAAGUUUCGGAGGAGCUGGAAAAGGACGGACACCUGGACUGUGAGUGUAUCGGAGGAGGGAGGAUCAAACAUGAUCCCCAGGAGAAGAAGAUCCACGUGUACGGAUACUCCAUGGGAUUUGGACGAGCAAACCACGCAGUAUCCACGGAGAAACUAGAGGCUCAGUAUCCAGGCUAUGAGGUGACCUGGAGCAAUGAAGGAUACUGAAGUGAGAGCAGCCUCUGGUGGACGCUCUCUCUCCUGGACUGACAGAGUACUUAACUGACAUAGCACUUAGCUCUGACCCCUCGUGAGAAGGAGGAACAGCUCAUUAAAAGAACAUGUAGUGUUUCAUAAGAAGCUUUUUGAAAUUAAUCAUUGAGGAUUUAGUCUGGAUUCCAACGCAGCAACAAGAAGACCCUGGAGAGGAGGGGAUUCGUUCUCGUCUAAAACAAACUCUGAAGUGGUUUCUUUGUAACAGCAACAUGAACCGACCGCCAUCAAACCCAGAGCCCGGGUCAGCAUGCCCCAGAAAGUUGUCAUUAUUAUCCCCCUUGUUCCCCUCAGUUGACUAAAGGCUGCACGUCUUCAAAGACAGUGGAGUAUUUUUCAUAUUACCAGGAUUGUUGUGAUAAAUAUUUGCCAACUCUGCUUAUUCUCUAUGGUUCAUUGCACUGAAAUCAUACGGAUCCAAAUCAAAGGAAUUUCUUCCUGUGUUUACUUUCUUUCUCCCGUCCCAGACCAAUAAAGACAGAAUCACACGUUUCAUUUACUGAUGCACAUUCUAGUUCGUACCCAGGCUCUUGCUGGGAGGUGCUAACCACUAGACCAGCGUGCCGCCCUUGUUCUGAUUAUUCUCUGUGUGAAAAGAUACAAAACCAAGGGGGAAACACGAUGAGUUUACAAAUUCAUCAACUGAUUUGGACCAGAGCAAACUAACUACAGGUUUUGAAAUGCUUUGUUAUAUGUUUGAUAAAUGUUCCCUGGAAUCUA